UCAACAUAUUGCCCAAUCCACUCAACUAAUGACCGAGAAAAUGCAGGACCCCUCAUUGUUCUCCCGAGCAUCUUGCUGCUGCCUCUUCUCCCUGCUCACUCUCCUCGCAACAACCCACUUGGCGGUGAGCGCCAAAACCAUGGACAUAAUCAGCCUAACCUGCGAAAAAUGCUCGCGAGAAUCACCCGUCCUUAACUACACCUUCUGUUCGGUGUCUCUCCAAGCCGUCCCGGUGAGCCAUUUCACUAACCUCCAAGGCCUAGGAAUCAUCUCCAUGGAGCUGGCUCUGGUAAAUGCCACCACCACCAUCUCAAGCAUAGAGAAGAUGGUAAGUAAUGGGAGUCUUGACCCUUUUCAGCUGGAUUGCUUGAGGGAUUGCUUGGUGCUUUACUUGGAUGCAUCGAAGACCUUGGUCGAUGCAAUUGGGGCUUUCAUGGUGGGGCGAUACGGGGUUGCUAAUAUGCAGGUGAGUGCAGCCAUGGAAGCAGCAACAACAUGUGAGGAUGGGUUUGAAGAGAGAGAAGAAGUUUGUCCACUGACAAUGGAGAACUAUGACCUGUUUCAACUGUGUGAUAUUGCUCGAUGCAUCAUUCGCUUCCUUUCAUUGAAUAUUCCUUCUUAAGCAGCAAUGUACUACUUGACUUUGAUAGUCUCUCUCUAUCUCUCCCUCUCCUAUUGUUGUUACUGCUGUUAAUUUUGGAGAAACCAAAAGGUUGGUCUUCUUCUAGCCAGCCAAAGUCUCCAUUUCUCGUGUUGAAAAUAAAUUUUCCUAUUUUGAACAUCAA